AACGUAAGUGGAAGCUCGGACGUCGAGUCGAGGACUAUCGGUCGGCUGUGUCACAACGUUACCCCACGGUUUAAUCGGUGAAGGCACAUAGUAAUUGUGCCAAUAUUAUUGACAUGCCAUCAAAACCGCGGUGGAAGUAAUGAAAUGUCUUGUUGCGUGAAAGUACAUCAGUACGUAGUCGAUAAGUGGUUGAAAGUACAUCAUACAGGAAGUGGUCGAUAAGGGAAUCAAAUUUACGAUUUCCUUAAUCAAGCGACUAUGACUCCGCCCCGCGAACGAUUACAAAGAGUGCGUGUCCAUCCGCAAAAUAGAUUCGUCCCAUGCGCCGCUGCGAUUUUCCCAAUUAAGAUCGAUCGGACGGAAAAAAGCGCGAUUUGCCGAUGCGUGAUUCAACGCGAUGUGAUACGCCAGGAUUAAAAGCUCGUGUUUUCGGCGCCGGCAGUUGACGCGCUUUCACGAAAGAUCGACCCUGAUUGAGAGAAUUGGUGAAGCCAGACGAGCGUGAAACGGAAUUUACGAGCAGUGAGAGCAGCGCGAAUACGACCAAUGGAUGUUCCUCGGCUCUUCGAUUUAGAAACUUACCUUGUGACGACAAAAAGAGAAUGCAAAGAACUAGAAAAUGUCAUAAUGCCUCGACUAUAACGUGCCCUUCUAUCACACGAGAACAAGUACAAUGAAAGUCUCGUACGACGGCGCUACGUCAGAGUUAUGAAAGCUCGCCCGACUUGGUCGGCUGUAUGCAUGGUUGACAGGAAUGUGUAAGUUACUUGCCUUGAAAGACGACAACCGCGCUUCUACCGGUUUCUACCUGUAUCAAAUUUCUAUCCCUUAAAUAAAGCGACAAGUAAAUUUUAUGAGCACUGAAGUAUUCCGAAAAUAUUCGGCUUUUAAAAGAGAUAAAUCAAUACAAACACCCCCGACGAAUGAUGAUCCCAAUAUCGUUGUUAUAAAUAUUAGAGAUUAUAAAAAAAUCAGUUAUCAAAAAUUUGGCUAAACUCGGAAGAAAAAAGAAUAGCGAGUAACGGAAGUGUAAACGAGGGAAUGAAGAUUGUGCGCUCCGGGCGAAAGCUCAGCACACUUUAAGGCGAGAUAAGAAAGACACUGUGAGACACAAAAUUGCAAACGGAAAGGCGGGCAGUGGUGGCGGUUGAAUAGCGGUGAAGAGCAGGGUGAAAACGGCGACAGCUUUACGCUCUUAUACUAGCUUAACAUAAGCGAAGAGACCGUGAUAUUCGUGAUGCAGAGCCUCGACGACUUGAUGACGUACAAUUCCACGUCUCACCUCUGGAACGUGACAACGCUGUGGUUCGGCAAUGACACCUAUCACAACGGUACCAACUACACGGAUUUGGCGCCGCGGAAUCAAUUCGUGCUUCCGUGGUGGCGGCAGAUGAUUUGGACGCUUCUGUUCGCCGGUAUGAUCACCGUGGCGACCGGUGGCAAUUUAAUAGUGAUAUGGAUCGUGCUGGCGCACAGGCGGAUGCGCACCGUCACCAAUUACUUCCUGGUGAAUCUCAGUAUCGCGGACGCCAUGGUAUCCACCUUGAAUGUCACCUUCAACUACACCUACAUGCUCAACAGCCACUGGCCGUUUGGAAUGCUCUACUGCAAGAUUUCCCAGUUCAUCGCGGUUCUCACAAUAUGCGCCAGCGUCUUCACAUUGAUGGCGAUAUCCAUUGAUCGGUACAUGGCCAUCGUGAAUCCUUUGAAACCACGUAUGGGAAAAAAGGCGACGCUGUGCGUUGCAAUCAUAAUUUGGAUCAUCGGGGCAAUUUUAUCUUUACCGAUGUUACUUUUCUACACCACGUACACUCAGAACUUCAUGAAUGGCGAAGUCCGCGUCGUCUGCUAUAGCGAUUGGCCGAACACAGACGAUAAUGGACUCAGCUACGAUGAAUAUUUGUACAACGUUAUCUUCAUGAUAUUGACAUACUUUUUACCAAUCGGAUCCAUGACGUUUACUUAUGCCAGGGUCGGCUUGGAAUUGUGGGGCUCGCAAAGCAUCGGGGAGGCCACAGCCAGACAGCUCGAAAAUAUUCGAAGCAAACGGAGG